CAAUAUCAACAAACCGAUCAGAUCUCCGGAUCACCAACGAGAAAACGAUUAUCACCAACACCAACCGACAGGGAUUAUUAUCUACAAAAGCGAAUCAGGACAAAAGCUUCACGAGAUAGCCUUUGCUCUGUUUUCUUGGACCCUCUCUCUAUCACUUUCUCUCUUCACCAUGAAAUCAAAAUCUUCAUUCUUCGCUCUCUCUCUCCUCUGGUCGUUUGCCCUGCUUUCUGUAGAAUCACAAGGUUGCAACUUUCCGGCGAUUUUUAACUUUGGGGACUCGAAUUCCGACACCGGCGGUCUCUCCGCCGCGUUCGGACAAGCGGGUCCUCCUCACGGCGAGUCCUUCUUCGGCGGUCCUGCCGGAAGAUACUGCGACGGCCGUCUCGUCAUCGACUUCAUCGCUGAACGUUUGCGUUUGCCGUAUCUAAACGCGUUUCUGGAUGCGGUUGGUUCGAACUUCAGCCAUGGAGCCAAUUUCGCGACCGCCGGUUCACCCAUCAGACAGCUGAACACAACUCUUCGUCAGAGUGGCUUCAGUCCAUUUUCCCUCGAUGUUCAGUUCACCCAAUUCUCUAAUUUCCACAAUAGAUCCCAGAUCUUCCGCAACCAUGGUGAAGUCUACAGAGCUUUGUUGCCUGAAGCUGACAGCUUCUCGCUCGGUCUGUACACUUUCGACAUCGGUCAGAACGAUCUUACAGCCGGUCUCUUCGCCAACAAGACAGUUCAAGAAGUUAGAGCUGACGUUCCUGAGAUCAUCACCCAGUUCAAGAAUGUCAUCAAGUACAUUUACGGACAAGGAGGGAGAUACUUCUGGAUUCACAACACGGGUCCCUUCGGUUGCUUAGCUUAUGCGAUCGAUCAUUUUCCCGUUAAAGCCUCGGAUUUCGAUGAACACGGAUGUGUUGCACCGUUCAACGAGCUGGCUCAGCAUUUCAACAAGUUGCUGAAAGAAUCCGUGACCGAACUGAGAAACAUGUUGCCGGAAGCCGCGGUUACUUACGUAGAUGUGUAUUCAGUUAAACACGAACUGUUCCUUCACGCGCAAGGACAUGGUUUCACAAGAUCGUUGGUUUCGUGUUGUGGGCAUGGAGGGAAGUAUAACUACAACAAGAACAUUUGGUGUGGGAAGAAGAAGAUGGUGAGAGGGAAAGAGAUUUACAUAGGAAAGCCGUGCGAGGAUCCGAGCAGGGCUGUGAUUUGGGACGGCGUUCAUUACACACAGGCCGCUAACAAGUUCAUAUUCGAAAAGAUCUCAAUCGGGAAGUUCUCGGAUCCACCCGUUGGCCUGAACAUGGCAUGUCACAGGCAGUGAGUGACAGAGAGCCAGUUAUGAGAAUUAUUAGGUUCUGUCCGAAUUGGGUUCUUGGCUUUGGCACUUCAGCUGGUGCUUUUCUGUGAUGCUUAGAGACAGAACAAUAAAGAGUUAAACAAUCAAGAUUCAUGGUUUUGUAGUGAA